UUGUUGCAAUGAGGUGAGGUGCGUGUGUGCACUGCUGCAUCUUUAGGGUGGCUUCUCCUGUUUGAGCAUAUUUAAAAAGGAAUCUUGGCUGUUGUUUUUGGCAUCAUUUGAGAGUGGAAUCAUCAUGGGCUGCUGCUCGGCACGAUGCAUGCUGGUCCUCCUGUGCUGCCUGCAGCUGAUCACUACACUGGAGAGACAGGUCUUUGACUUCCUUGGGUUCCAGUGGGCUCCCAUCAUGAUAAACUUCAUCCACAUCAUCGUGGUCAUCCUGGGCCUAUUUGGUGCCAUACAGUACAGACCACGCUAUGUUAUUCUGUACCUGCUGUGGAUGCUGUUAUGGCUCAGCUGGAAUGUCUUUGUUUGCUGUCUCUACUUGGACCUGGGAGGGCUUUCCAAGGAGAGCGACAUUCUCUCCCUCAGACUGUCACCGCAUCGCUCCUGGUGGAAGGAAAACGGUCCAAACUGUCAGAGUGAGCUUCUUCCGUCCACUGACUGGCAGAACCCUGGAAACCCACAGCUGACCACCGUACUGAGCUGCUGGCUGGAGUACCAGUACAUAGAAGUCCUGCACGGCAUCACCCAGCUCUUCAUAUCACUUCCAGCAUUUGUUUAUGCCUGCUAUGUGGUCAGUCUUUUCUCCAAUGAAGUGGACACCUUUGAUACCAUUAAUGAGUAUCACAGCCCAUCCAAACCUCCACACUUCUUCCACUAGUCUAAACAGCUGUGGUAUAUGAUAAAUAAGGAACCUAGUUGAUAAAGGCCACAUCCCUUGUGAUGAAAUUUCUUCAGCAGUUUGUCCUUACUUAAAUCUUACACGUCAAGGAUAUUAAACUCCAGUGAUGCAAAAAGAAUCAAUAUCAUGUAAAUAUGUGUGUGUCAAUCUGUGUAUACUUGAAAUAUGUA